AUGUUCUCAGAGAAAGGCCAAACGGCACCUGUUGAUACUGAGGCCACAGAUCUAGCACAUAUCACAGAAGAUGAAGAGUCGUCCGAAAUACCCUCUACCUUUGCUGUAAAAAGUAAAGUGCACGGCUGUCUCCAAGUUAUCGGUGCUUUCUUUAUAUUCUUCAAUGUCUGGGGUCUAAAUCUCGCAUUUGGGUCAUUUCAAAGUUACUAUGCACUCACCUACAUCCCAUCAUCAACAUCAUCCGACAUCGCCUGGAUUGGAACAAUCCAGUCUUGGCUCCUUAUUGUCGGCGGGCUACUAUCUGGCCCACUCUUCGACCUCGGCUACAACAAGACCAUGAUUCUCAUUGGAAGUAUCCUAGGUGUAAUUGGUAUAAUGAUGCUCAGUCUUGCACAUGCGUACUAUGCCAUAUUCCUAAGCCAGGGAGUCUGCGUGGGCUUCGGAUUCGGAUUGCUUUAUGUCCCCGCUAUUGCAUUGGUCAGCCGUUCUUUCACAACAAGAAGGGCUGUUGCGUUAGGUGUGUCGAGUAGCGGUGCGCCUGUCGGGGGCAUCAUCUACACUAUCAUGUUCAACCAGCUUAUACCGAGGGUGGGGUUCUCCUGGACUGUUCGUCUCAUGGCGUUCCUGAUGUUGGCGCUUUUCAUCGCGGCUGCUAUUAUGCUUUUGUGGCCGGAGAGACAUGCAGUGAAGGUUAAAACCACCCAGCGCAGGAGCUUGAUUGAUUUGCGCGCUUUCAAGGAUUUGCCUUUUUGGAGCUUUGCUAUUGGGAAUUUCUUCCUAUACCUCGGUUAUAUCACCCCUUUCUAUUACAUCCCAACCUACGCGGAGACGAAACUGGGCACGUCGCGCUCAAUGGCCUCUAAUGUCUUGAUGAUUUCCCAGGCUUCUUCGGUUCUUGGCCGUGUUGUCUUGACUCUAUUCGCUCACUAUUAUGGGUCGAUGGUUUCUUGGAUCAUUUGCGGUGUACUGUCAGGUGUUCUGUGUAUUUGCUGGAUUAGUGCAGACAAUCUGGUACGAUUUAUUCUUUUUGCGGCCUUCUAUGGUAAGUGA